AUGGCGUACCCUCUCCAAAUAGGUUUACAAGACGCAACUUCUCCUAUUAUAGAAGAACUGUUACACUUCCACGACCACACGCUAAUAAUCGUAUUCUUAAUUAGCUCGCUAGUGCUCUACAUCAUUUCACUCAUGUUAACCACAAAACUAACCCACACAAGUACAAUAGAUGCGCAAGAAGUAGAAACAGUAUGAACAAUCCUGCCAGCUAUUAUCCUAAUUCUAAUCGCCCUGCCCUCGUUACGAAUUCUCUACAUAAUAGAUGAAAUCAAUAACCCCUCCUUAACUGUAAAAACUAUAGGACAUCAAUGAUACUGAAGCUACGAAUACACAGACUACGAGGACCUAAACUUUGACUCAUACAUAAUUCCUACACAAGAACUAAAACCCGGAGAACUACGACUACUAGAAGUAGACAACCGAGUAGUCCUUCCAAUAGAAAUAACAAUUCGAAUACUAAUUUCAUCCGAAGACGUACUCCACUCAUGAGCCGUACCAUCCCUAGGACUAAAAACCGAUGCCAUUCCAGGACGACUAAAUCAAACAACUUUAAUAUCCAUGCGACCAGGACUAUACUACGGUCAAUGCUCAGAAAUCUGUGGUUCCAACCACAGCUUCAUACCUAUUGUUCUCGAAUUAGUCCCACUAUCUCACUUCGAAAAGUGAUCUACCUCAAUACUUUAA